GGCCACUUCGGUGCCGCGGCGCGUGAGUACGGAACCCUGGCGAAUUUGCGCUCUGGGAUGCGUGGAUAUCUAGCCACACAAGAAGCUGCUGAGGUAUUGUGAGAAGAUUUUGGAUAUUACACGAGAUUUUGGAGAAUGACUGCUGGCCGCUUCGCCCGAGCGCAAAGGAAAUGCACGGUGCGUUUAUCCGUCUCCGUUUGGAGGGGCGCUGUGAAACGGCACCGGGGAGCGCGGCUUCCUGCACGGGGAUAACGUAAGCAAACGUAGUGACCAGUAACCAAGAGGCCAAAGCCAUGCGGAGAGCCGCAGCGGCGUGGCUGCUCGGCGCCGUCGCGCUGUCGCUGCUCCGCGCGCGCUCGUGCGCACAGGUGUUCAACCUGACGCUGUACAUCAAGGAGGGUUUGCCCGCCGAGACCGUCGUCGGAGAUCUGUCAGCGGGGCUGAGCGGGCCGAGCGGCGGCUUCUUCAUCUCGGAGAGCAGGGACUCGUACGUGUUCCGAGACCUGGAGAUAGACGCGGACACGGGGAUCAUCUCCACGGCCGCGGUGCUGGACAGGGAGAGCAGGGACAAAUACGAGUUCGUGGCGGCCACUCUCGCGGGGGAGGUGAUACGCGUGAACCUGCGGGUGGAAGACGUGAACGACCACUCUCCGCGGUUUCCCGCGGAGGCGGUUGACUUGGAGAUCUCCGAACAGAGCCCCCCGGGGAGUCUGUUUCACCUCGAGGGCGCCAAAGACGAAGACGAGGCCGAGUUCGGCACGCGGGGAUACAGGUUUAUGGACCACGCGAUGGGGGAGCUGUUCCGCCUGGAGUAUCGCGGCGGAUCCGAGGACCACCCGAGCCUGGAUCUCGUCCUGACUGGCAGACUGGACAGAGAAACGCUGGAUUUCUACCCGCUCGCCAUCGAGGCCUUCGACGGGGGCGUGCCGGCCCGGACGGGGACCCUCCGGGUGAACGUCCGCGUCCUGGACGAGAACGACAACGCGCCCGUGUUCCGCCGCAGCGAAUAUCACGCCUCGCUGCCCGAGGGCGCCGCGGUGGCGUCGGCCGUGUGCCAGGUCACCGCCACGGACCUGGACCUGGGCGAGAACGGCCGAGUCACCUACGAGAUCAACCGGCGGCAGAGUGACCCGGACGAGGUGUUCUCCAUCGACGCAACCAGCGGGGUGGUGUACCUCAACAAGCCGCUCGACUACGAGACGCGGGCCUUCCACGAGCUGGUGGUCGGCGCCCGGGAUCACGGGGCUCAGCCCGAGAGCAGCAGCGCGUUCGUGGGCGUCAGGGUGCUCAACGUCAACGACAACAGCCCCGCCGUCAGCGUGCUGUUCCUCAGCGAGAGCGGAGAGGCGGUGGUGUCCGAGGCCGCGGCCGUCGGGGACUACGUCGCCCGGAUUUCGGUGUCGGACCCGGACUUCCAGGAGGAGGGGGAGGAGGAGGAGGGGAGGGUCACCGUCACGCUGGAGGACGACGACGGGAAGUUCAGUCUGACGCGGACGGACGAUAACCUGUACGCGCUGUGCGUCAGCGCGCAGCUGGACCGGGAGGAGCGGGACCUGUUUGAGCUGAAGGUGCUGGCGUCGGACUCCGGCAGCCCGCCUCUGAGCAGCGAGACGGUGCUGCUUCUCAGGGUGACGGACGCCAACGAUUGCCGCCCGGCGUUUGAGGAGGACGCGUACGUCAUCCGCGUGCCCGAGGACGCGCCGCGGGGGAGCUCCCUCGUCCAGGUGCGCGCCCGGGACGCCGACGAAGGGGUCAACUCGGAGGUCAGGUACUCCAUCCCCGUGUCCGAGGGGGACAGCCCGGUCAGCGUCGACCCGGAGUCCGGCUGGGUCACCACGGCGGCCGCCCUGGACCGAGAGGCGCGGGCGGAGGUUCGGUUCCUGGUGGUGGCGGCUGACGGAGGAGAACCGGCCCUGUCGUCCACGGCGACGGUGACCGUGCUGGUGGAGGACGUCAACGACAACGAGCCCGUGUUCCAGCAGCAGCUGUACAACGUGUCCAUACCCGAGCACGUUGACGUCGGGAGCUGCUUCGUGCAAGUCGUGGCCACGGACGCAGACGGCCCAGAGUUCAGCGCGCUGCUCUACUCUCUGUCGGACGGCUUCGAGGCGCAGGACACACACCCGCUCUUCAGCAUCCAGCCGCGCACCGGACAGCUGUGCGUCUCGCGGGACAUCGACCGAGACUCGGGCCAGACGGCCCACGACGUCCUGAUCCGCGCCGAAGAUCCGGGAGGCCUGAGCGCGCAGACCCACGUGCACGUGGAGGUGGAGGACCUGAACGACAACGCGCCGGUGUUUGACCCCGACGAGUACGCCGUGAGCAUCAGCGGGCACGCGCAGCCCGGCACGGAGGUCCUCAACGUCAUCGCCUCCGACAGAGACUCGGGCCGGUUCGGGCAGGUCACGUACCACGUGCUUCCUGGGGACAUGUCCGGGAUGUUCACACUGGAUGAACAAACAGGAACGCUCCUGCUGACCUCCACUCUGACCCACCUGGGUGCAGCCAGCGUGAAGCUCUCGAUAACAGCUCAGGACGGCGAGGGCUUGAACUCGGUCCGGCCCGCGCAGGUCACCAUCAACGUCUUACGCAGCGCUCAGGCUCCGGCUGUGUUCAAGAGGUCCCGCUACACCUUUACGGUGCCUGAAGACGCACCGCCGGGGACACCCGUGGGGAUAGUGGAGGCCAUAAAUCCAGCAGACUCGGAAUCGGCGACCUACCGGAUCUCCUCCGGCGACCCCCUGGGUUUGUUCUCCGUGCACCCGAAGUCCGGCCUGAUCAGCACCGCCGACCUCCUGGACCACGAGUCCCAGCCCUACGCCCUGCUGUUCCUGCAGUCCCACACCGACGCCUCGCCGGUUUACGGCACCGCGCAGGUCAACGUCACAGUCGCCGACGUCAACGACAACGCUCCGGUCUUCCCCAAAGCCGCCGACGCCGCCGCGGUGUCGCAGAACACCCGCCCGGGCACCGUGCUGUUCAUCGCCCGCGCCCGGGACCGCGACAGCGGCGCCAACGGGAGGGUGCGGUAUCGCCUGAGGGGCACCGCGAACGGCACGUUCGCCGUCGACCGCGACCUCGGGGCGGUUACGUUGGGCCGGAGUUUGCGGGCGGGUCCUCAGCAGGGGUUCAACCUGGAAAUCGUGGCCAGCGACGGAGGGGAACCCUCCCUGAGCUCCACGCUGACCCUCGCGGUCGGCGUGGAGCCCGUCGCCGCCGCCGCCGCCGAGGAGGACAGCCUGGCCUUCGAGACGUUGGUCUACCAGGUGGAGAUAGGCGAGGGCUACCGGAGGGACUCGAGGGUCAUCCAGGUGAGGGCGCACAGCAGCCGGGGAGCUCACGCCUCGAACCCGGGCAUCACCUACACCCUGGAGGCCGAGGCCGGAUUCCCCCCGGCGCCGUUUCGGGUCCACCCCACCACCGGCUGGCUGUUCCUCUCCCGCAGCCUGGACUUUGAGACCCAACCCGAGUUCCGUUGCCGGGCGGAGGCCACGCUGGGGAACGCGACGGCCUCGGCCGCCGUGGUGGUGCUGGUGCUGGACGUCAACGACAACGCGCCGGCGUUCGGCAGCGAGGUCUACUACUUCACCGUGUCCGAGGGCUCGUCGCCUCAAGGCCUGGUGGGAGCGGUCCGGGCCGUGGAUGAGGACUCUGGGAAAAACGCACAGCUGUCCUACAUCCUGCUGACGGAUGGAAAGUUCUUCCGCAUCAACUCUAAAACAGGGGAGAUCAUCAACUGGGUGGCUUUGGACCGGGAGCAGCACAGCCAGCACAGCCUGAAGGUGAUGGUCACAGACAACGGGCGCCCUCGCCUCAACGCCACCGCCGCCGUCCACAUCCUGGUCACCGACAUCAAUGACAACGCGCCGCAGUUCACACACCUGCCGGCCAGCAAGGAGCUCCACGUCCAGAUAUGGGCUGGUCUACCGGCGGGCUCCUUGGUGACAAACAUGUUUGCCAAAGAUUUGGAUGCAGGAGAAAACGGAACCGUCACCUUCUCUUUGGUCACAGCCGAUUCACAGGUCGAGGGCCUCGGACCCUUUGAGGUCGACAGCGAAAGCGGAGACGUCCGAACGACGGCGCCGUUCACCCGGGCCUCCGGGUCUUUCUACGCUGUGAAAGUGACGGCCAGGGACGGCGGGGUCCCUCCUCGGGAGGACGCCGCGCUCAUUCAUGUCCAGGUGGAUGGAUCGGAGGCUCCGUCCGGCCACUCCGAGCACCGGACUGUGAGGCGUUUCACGGUGAGGGAGGACGCCGCGCCGGCCACCGCCAUCGGCUCCGCCGCCGUCUCGUCCGCAGGGAGAUUCCGCUACUCCAUCUCCGAGGGCGACGGCAGCGUCCACUUCGGCAUCGACGGCUCCUCGGGGGACAUCUACGUCGACCAGCCGCUGGACUACGAGUCGGCCGCGCGGUACCGCCUCACGGUGCGAGCCGAGGGCGAGGGGCCCUCUGCCGGGGCCAACGCGUCCCUGCUGGUCGCCGUGAUGGUGGAGGACGUCAACGACCACGCGCCCCGGUUUCCCGACGAGCUGGUGACCUUCGGCCUGAGGGAGGACGCCGCCGUCGGGUCGCUGGCGUUCGCGUUCCGCGCCGGGGACGCCGACGGGUCUUUUCCCAACAGCGCGCUGCGCUACUCGCUGACCUCGGACUCCGAGCUGGGCCUGUCUUCCUCGCGCUUCCCCUUCCGCGUGGACCCCGACACGGGGAGCCUGACCGUGACGGCGCCUUUAGACCGGGAGGCCGUCCCCGGCUUCGCCUUCACCGUCACGGCCACCGACCGGGCCGAGAGGACGGAGGAGCGCCGGCGCUCGUCGGUGACGGCUCAGGUGUUCCUGCUGGACGUCAACGACAACAGGCCGGUGCUCGUGUCCGUGGACACGGUCCAGGUGAUGGAGGACGCGGAGGUGGGGAGUCUGCUGCAUCGCUUCGUGUCCAUAGACGGAGACCUCGGAGAAAACGGCGUCGCCUCCUACGUCGUCACGGCCGGGAACCAGAAAGGACUCUUCGCGUUAGAGGAGAAAACCGGCCUCUUGUUUCUGUCGUCCCCUCUCGACUACGAGACGGAACGCUUCCACCGCCUCACCGUCCGCGCGGUGGACCACGGCCUGCCCUCGCUCUCCUCCACCCAGACCCUGACGCUGGAGGUGGAGGACGUGAACGACCAGAGGCCCGUCUUCAGCGAGAGCGUCUACAACGCCAGUGUGGCGGAGAACAGGGACCCCGGGGAGCCCGUGAUCCGGGUCUCCGCCACCGACGAAGACUCGGAGGAGAACGCCGUGGUGUGGUACAGCCUGCUGCCCGGCGCCGGAUACGAGCGCUUCAGCAUCGACCCUCACAGCGGCCUGAUCGCCACCGCCUCCCGCCUGGACCGCGAGCAGCAGCAUCACUACACCCUCCGAGUGCAGGCUCGCGACAGCGGCGCGCGGCCCCUGUCCGCCGCCGCCACGGUGCUCUGCUCCGUGCUGGAUGACAACGACAACCCUCCGGAGUUCACGCAGCCCUCCUUCCAGAUCAGCCUGCCGGAGAACCUCCCCCCCGGGUCGGAGGUGCACACGGCGCGCGCCUCCGACCCGGACCACGGCGAGAACGGAACCAUACGCUACUCCAUCUCAGGAGAGGACCACGGAGGUCGCUUCGCCAUCAACAGCCGCACGGGGGCCGUCAGCACCACUCGGGUCCUGGACCGCGAGGACGUGCAGAAUCACACACUCGCCAUACGGGCCUGUGACUACGGCGCCGCGCCGCUCUGCUCCUCCACCCGACUCCAGCUGCUGCUGCUGGACCAGAACGACAACUUCCCCACCUUCCGCCGCAAGAGCUACCACGCCUCCGUCAGCGAGGGGCUCCCCGCGGGGGCCGAGGUCCUGCGCGUCGACGCCUUCGAUCCCGACGAGGGGUCCAACGGGGACCUGACCUACUCUCUGGCGGAGGACAGCAGCCAGGGGGCCUUCUCGGUGGACGCUCUCACGGGCGUGAUCCGCACCACCAGGCCUCUGGACAGGGAGGCCGUCGCGCAGUACACCCUGAGGGCCGUGGCGACCGACGGCUGCUCCCGGGGGCCCCUGAGCUCCGCGGCGUCGCUCACCGUCCAGGUGGAGGACGCCAACGACAACGCGCCGGUGUGCGAGCGGAGCCCCGUCAACGCGUGGGUCUCCGCGAGGACUCCGCCCAACCAGAUAGUCGCCGCGGUGACGGCGACAGACGGGGACCGGGGCGACAACGGGACGGUGCAGUACGCGCUGUCCGACGAGGAAAACCUGUUCGACAUCAACGGCGAGUCGGGAGAGAUUUCCCUGAGGAGACGAGUGAGGGCGGGGUUCUCCGGUCGGAGCCUGCAGGUCGUGGUUUCGGACAAAGGGCGACCCGCUUUGACCUCCACCUGCCUGGUGUUCAUCCAUCUGAAGGGAGAACACGAAGGGCUGCAGUUCGCGGACAAAGUGUACAACGCCACCAUCCAGGAGAACAGUCGAGCCGGGGCUUGGAUCGCGAAAGUGGAGGCCAGUGACCAAACCAACGUCAGGCAGAGGAUCACCUACACCAUCUUUAGCGGCAAUGAGAACCACGUUUUCUCCAUCAACCGCCACACGGGUGAGAUCCGUGUGCAGAAGGAUAACUCUCUGGACUACGAGGCGAGUCCGCGGAUCCAACUGGUGGUGCUGGCUGACAACGGACUGCAGACGGCUCACUGCAGGGUCUCCGUCGCCUUGCUGGAUACAAACGACAACGCGCCGGUGUUUGAACACAGCAACUACAGAACAGCCGUGUGGGAGGGGCAAGUGCACAACACCUACAUCACGCAGGUUUUCGCUUCUGACGCCGACGACGGGAUGAACGGGCAGAUCGAGUACUCCAUCGUGUCCGGUAACCCCAACCGGGCGUUCGUCCUGGACUCCGUUCGUGGGAUUCUUGCCACCAGAGUCUUGCUGGACCGAGAGAUCACCCCCUCAUACAAGCUGGUUCUGCGGGCAACAGAUAGGGGGAACCCUCCUCUCAGCAGCACCACCACCCUCAGGGUCCAAGUGGUGGAUGUCAACGACAACAGCCCCGCCGUCCCCCCCAUGGAGCCUGUUGUCAUAGCAGAGAAUCUCCCGGCGGGUUACAAGGUCACCCAGGUGACGGCGAAUGACGUGGACCUGAGCUCAACCAUCACCUACAGCUUCCCAGACAACAGCAGCACCGACUUUCCCUUCGCUAUUGACCCAUAUACCGGCGUGGUCACUCUGACCCAAGCCCUGGACCACGAGGCGCGGGCAGAGUACACGUUGACGGUGUGGGCGUCUGAUUCCCUCCACCGGACCACCGGGGAGGUCAAAGUUGAAGUGCUUGACGUCAAUGACAACGCGCCGGUCUUCACCGAGGUCUCCUACCAGGUGGAAUUGUCGGAGUUGGUCUCGGAGGACACGUUGGUUUUGUCAGUGUCGGCCACCGACAGCGACUCUGGACUCAACGGGAAGAUCAGCUACAGGCUGCUUUCAUCUCCUUCACAGGGCUUUUACAUCGUGCCAGACAAUGGGUCUGUUUUUACCAAUAAGCCCUUGAAGGCCAUCACCAACGGCAACCUGAUCCAUCUUCUGGUGGAGGCCAGAGACGAAGGCGAACCGAUGCAGUCUGCUGUCACCGCCGUAGACGUGCUGAUUGUGGACACCAACGACCACGCGCCACUGUUCCACCAGGACAUCUACACGCUCACCGUCCCAGAGGACACGCCCACGGACACCACCCUGCUGACGCUGUCUGCGGAGGACCGGGACUGGAGCCCUGAAAACACCCACUUGGACUACGGCAUCAUCGGCGGAAAUGAGGAGAGGCGAUUUUGUCUGGAAGUCAAAAUGGUUCAGGUUGAGAAUCAGAUGAAAAAUGUAGGAAAACUGGUCCUAUGCAACCCUCUGGACCGCGAGACCACGGAAAGCUACGCGCUGGCGGUGAGCGUGUCCGACCGGGGAACGCCUCCGCUGAGCAGCUCCGCUGUUGUCACGGUUGCUGUGACGGACUGCAACGACAACGCCCCCGUCUUUUCCAGCACGGGGUACCAUGCUCAAGUGAGUGAAAACAGCCGCGUAGGUGUCCGACUGGUCCAGGUCAGCGCUCGGGACGCGGACUCGGGAACCAAUGGCCUGUUGCGGUACGACAUUGUCUCAGGGAACGGCAAAGGUCACCUUAAGCUCAACCGUCAAUCCGGCCUCCUGGCGGUCAACCACUCGCUCGACUACGAGGAAGACCCCAAGUACACCCUCACCAUCCGAGCAUCUGAUGGUGUCGAAUCCUCCGAACAACGUAAAGUGGCUUUCACAGUGGUCUUCAUCACAGUGUUGGAUGAAAACGACAACACUCCGUACUUCACGUUUCCCACUGUUAACUGUUCCGUGCCGGAGAACCUCCCGGCGUUUACCCACACCUGUUCGGUCCACGCCAUCGACAAUGACUCUGGCCUCUACGGCCAGCUCUCCUACUCCAUUGUGUCCUCCUGCUUCACGGACUACGGCAGCCCAGAGAAGAAGGAGGGCUUCGCCAUCGACCCCUUGACCGGCGACAUUCACACCAGGCAGACCUUUGAUUACGAACGCGAGAGUGAGUACUGCCUCGUCGUGGAGGCCAGGGACAAGGGCGACAAAGCGGCUACGCUGAGAGUGAUGGUGUCCAUCACAGGAGUGGACGAGUUCAGUCCCGUCUUCACCCAGAAGCAGUACAAUUUCCGCCUGAGCGAAAACACCGGGCCUGGAGAGAUAGUCGGUCACGUCAUGGCAAUGGACCACGACGGAGGGGUGGACGGGCUGGUGGAGUACGCCCUCGUGAGGUCAUCGCCUUUUUUCUCAAUAAACAAAACCAUUGGCGCCAUUUUCGUGUCAGGUCCUGUGUACCGCAGAAGAGGCAGUCAGGCCAGCGAGGACGUGGUGCAGCUGGUUGUGUCGGCAGGUAGUCCCAGGUCGGCCUCCAGGACCACCGCCUGCCUGGUUUUGAUCGAUAUCUCCAGCUCAGCAGAAGCCCUCACCGGGGCGCCUCUCGAUGCGCACUUUCUCAGUUUGAGUGUCUCACUCAUCGCGUUCCUCCUCACCCUUCUCGUUUUCGUGGGCUUGCUUCUCAAGUACAAGAUCAAGGAGGCGGCAAUCAAAAAGGCCGCCGCGAUCGCCGCCAACCUGGACCACGGGACGGGCUCGUCCGCAGGAGCCGGUGGCCAAAGUCCAAUCUCUCUGCAGGAGAUGAAACCCCCCGGCGUCGCGGCGGCCGAGUCGGACGGGCCGAACCCGCACAGCCCGUCGGACUCGAGCGGCCGAGGAUCGGCGGAAGGGGAGACGGCUGAGGACCAGGAGAUCAAGUGGAUCAAUCGGUACCCCUGCCGCGAUAGAGACGAAUCCGCGCCAGGCAGCCAGGUCGGAGAGCUCGCAGACUCCGCCCUGCCUCGGGACAAUAUCUCCUGCCACUCGAUCGACGCCGGAUCGGAGCGCGUGUCCUCCGUGGAGAAGCGUUUGGUCUCGGCGAUGGCCAGCAUGGAGAGUCUCCACAAUUUCAAAGAGGAGGGUGGAGGCGAGGGGCUUCUCCCCGCCGUACUCAGGGUGAGGGACUUGGAGGAGAACAUGAGGACGAACGGGUACGCUCCCCUCUCGGAAGCCCACGCCUCCGCGGAUUCCCUCUCUUCGCUGUUGUGUCUCGAGGAGCAGGCGCACGGGAGCUACAGCUGGGACUACAUCUUGGACUGGGAGCCACGCUUCCAGCCCCUGGCCUCGGUUUUCACCGACCUCGGGAUGCUCCCCGACGAGGAGCUCCAGGGCGGCCGCGAGGAGCUGGCGGCGGAGGCGAGCUGUCUCAUGUACCCGCCGCCCCUCAUAACGGGCGUAGCUCACCCGGGCAUUAGGACCGUACAUCCAAGGAAGCCGGGGCGCAUGCCGAGCCUGAGGAGGAAGCCCUCUUACCCCAAAUAUGCGUAUGCCCCCUUAGGCAGGAACACAGGACUUACCCCUUCAGCCAUGACGCCCACUUUCUCCCCGUCACUGUCUUCUCUCACCGGUAGGACCCCCAGUGCCUCGCCGGUUGUCUCUGACACCGGGGUGGGGGGCAUCAGACUCGACUCAGGACCACUCACUGCCAGCCUGUUAGAGGCAGAGAUCCAAGUAUAGACACAAACUCUUUUUAAUAUUUAAUCUGCCGUCUUCAUUUAAUAUUUUAAAAAGGCUUCAAUGGACACAAUUAAAGUUUGAGAAAUACAUUAUUGACAACUUUUGUAUGGUUUCAGACUAAUGGUGUUAUGGGUUUAAGUCUUACAAGGGACUACAGGCAAAGUGGUAGUCAGUUAAUUGAUCACUAUAAGAUUGAGGUUGAUUUUAUAACUUAUUUUUUAUAACCGGAAAUUCAGUUUUGCAUUAUGUUUUUAUAAUGCAGCACUUUGGAUAACAGCAGUUCGAAUCAGCAAUUUAUUAUUGAAUAUUUUAUUGUAAACAUUGCAGUUGCUUGCAGCUUCAAAUGGAAACCUUUUACGGUUGGUUUGACUUCAAUGAGCAAAGAAAGGCAAUGUUGUAUUUUAAAAGGAACUUUUUUGCCUCCCUGUUCUUUAAUAUAUUUUGCCAAUAAAUCACCACUGAAAUUGCUUGUUGAAAAUAACUUUAUUUUAGAAUUAUUUUCCUUUAAUUUAGAACCGUUUUUCAUUUUCGUGAUGUACUGUAUUUUUCAGAGAGACAGUCAGACAAAAGAAGAAAAUGAUGAAGGUUUCUCUACUGAUUAAUCCACAACGUAUUAAAUCAGAUGGGUUUCAUUUUCCUGUCUCUGGUCAGCAUGAUAGCAGAUUCUCACAAACCAUUUCCACAUUCUGGCUGUUUUUACUUUUGCUUUUGUCAUGAACAGAAAUUGGCAGUGCCCUUUAUGAUAAUUACAUUGUGUAACUGUAGAAUUCAGAUAGCAUUUUAAUAAACAGCACUCUAUGUACAAUUUCCAGAUUAGUGCAUGUAUGUGUUCUUUUUAUUUACUGUGCAUUCAAUUUACUAGAGUAAAUAAUUUGAAAUUUUCUUAACUUUGGGAAGGAUUCAAAUGUAUUUUAGCCACAAAGACCCAUGACGGAUAAAAUACUUUUAUGUAUCAUAGAAUCAUACUUGCUGCUUGUGAUGUGCCUUUUUCCCUCAUGGCUACGCUUUGAAAGCAUUCAUAAUACAUUCCACGUAAUAAAAGCGGGGAAUGCCAUUUUUAUUUCACUUUAUGAACAGUGAGGUUUUCCUUUGAAAAAAUGCUUCAAAGUUCUAAAAACAUUUCCACAUGGAGGAGAAAAUCACUUGACAGUGAACUCUAGUUUUGAAUAUUCUUUCAUCAUCAUGCUUGAGUGAAAUAGGAUUCUUUUUUCACUCAGAUUUACUACUUUUUUUUAGUAAUUGAACACUUUUCCUUUAUAUUAAUAAAU